AUGUUAUCCAAAGCUACUUACUUCCUUCUAUUUUCUAUAUUCUCACAAUGUGUAUUAGCUAGUGACAGAGAAACACUUUUGAGCUUAAAAACAUCGAUCGACCCAUCGAAUUCGUUACGAUGGAAAGGAAAUGAUUUUUGCAAAUGGGAAGGUGUUAAACAAUGCUUGAAAAACAAAUUAUCAAAACUUGUUCUUGAAAGUAAAAACUUAAGUGGCACAUUGGAUCCUAAUGUACUAAACCAAUUGGAUCAAAUUCGAGUCUUGAGCUUCAAAAAUAACUCGAUUUCGGGUCAAAUUCCUAAUCUUUUCAACUUAACCAAUCUUAAAUCACUCUAUCUUUCUUACAACAACUUUUCGGGUGAGUUUCCGGUGUCUCUUACAACCCUUCACCGCCUCAAAACCAUCGUUCUCUCCGGUAACCAACUUUCCGGCAACAUUCCAAAUUCAAUACUCAAUCUACAAAGAUUACAUAUUUUUUACUUGGAUGACAAUAAGUUCGCCGGAAUUAUCCCACCCUUUAACCAAACAAGCUUGAAAUACUUAAACUUGUCGGAAAACCAACUUACCGGUGUAAUUCCGGCCACCGGAACUUUAUUAAGGUUCAACUCAACUUCAUUUUCAGGUAAUGUUGACUUAUGCGGUGAAAGCUUCCAUCUUUCAUGUGGGGUUUCUCCGGUGACCGGAUCGCCAGCUCCUGCUAUAACUCCGAUGGCCGGAAAAUACUACCACCGGCGCCGGGUAACCAAGAUUAUAACAAUAAUAGCUGGUUUCGUUGGUGGUUUUUCAUUAUUAUGUGUUGUAAUCACAUUAUUUGUACUAAUCUUGAAAAAUGGAGUGAAAAAGAAUAAAAUUUCAGUCGCCGGAGAAAAAGUAAGUACGGCGAAGUCAGCGGUGGUUGACGGCGGCGCCGGAACCAGAGAUGGGUUUUCACCGGGAGGUGGUGGUGGUGAUGAUGGGACGGGGGUGUUGGUGUUUACCGGCGGUGGAGGUGCGGCGGAGAUGAGUUACAGGUUGGAUGAUUUAUUGAAAGCUUCAGCUGAGACACUUGGCAGAGGUACAGUGGGGAGUACAUACAAGGCUGUGAUGGAAACUGGGUUUAUAGUUACGGUGAAAAGGCUGAUAGAUGCCACGUGGACGAAUAAAGAUGAGUUUUGUAGACACGUGGAGGUCAUCGGUAGGUUGAGGCACAAGAAUUUGGUGCCAAUCAGGGCUUAUUUGAUGGCUAGAGGGGAAAGGUUGGUGGUGUAUGAUUAUUUCCCAAAUGGCAGCCUUUUUACACUUAUUCAUGGAUCCAAGACAUCGGGUCGUGGCAAACCGCUUCACUGGACUUCUUGCCUGAAAAUCGCGGAGGAUUUAGCUAGUGGACUUCUCCAUAUCCACCAAAAACCUGGCCUCGCCCAUGGUAAUAUAAAGUCAUCCAACGUUCUUUUGGGAUCCGAUUUUGAGUCUUGUUUCACUGAUUACGGGCUCAUCAAGUUCAAAAACCCAAACUCUAUUGAAGAAUCAAGUGAUGUCUCUCUCUUUUACCGUGCCCCAGAAUGCCGUGACUUCCAACAGCCAGUCUCUCAGAAAGCUGAUGUCUACAGUUUUGGUGUUCUACUCUUGGAGCUCCUAACUGGGAAAACUCCGUCUCAAGACCUUGUUUUGGACCACGGUGCAGACCUCCCUACCUGGGUCAAGUCCAUAAGGGAAGAAGAAAGCGAGUCUGGUGGUGAACCUGUGUCUUCUGGGAAACUUGCUGCUCUGCUGAGCAUUGCAUUGGCUUGUGUAUCGAUGAUUCCUGAGAAUAGACCUGUGAUGCAGGAGGUGUUGAGGAUGAUCAAGGAAACGAGAAUGGAACAACCUCAUGUCUCUUCUAAUAGCAGUGAUCAUUCACCGGGAAGAUGGUCGGAUACAGUUCAAAGCGUGCCAAGAGACGACCACUUAAGCAUAUGAUUAUUAGGGGUAGUUUCAACAAUUGUUAGGCAACUGCACUUUUCAAGGAACUGGAUAAAUGUACUUGUGGCAUCCUCAUAUUCUAAAAUGUGGUGGUUUUCAGUGUUAUGUUCACAAAAAUAAAAUGCACACCAAGAGCAGUUGUGGCAUUUUAACCAUUCAUUUUGGAUCGAUAUAAAGAGA